CACUUAACUACGACAGGUAGGUAUACACACCAACUCUCUACUCCCACACCGACAACCCGUCACUUAACUACGACAGGUAGGUAUACACACCAACUCUCUACUCCACACCGACAACCCGUCACUUAACUACGACAGGUAGGUAUACACACCAACUCUCUACUCCCACACCGACAACCCGUCACUUAACUACGACAGGUAGGUAUACACACCAACUCUCUACUCCCACACCGACAACCCGUCACUUAACUACGACAGGUAGGUAUACACACCAACUCUCUACUCCACACCGACAACCCGUCACUUAACUACGACAGGUAGGUAUACACACCAACUCUCUACUCCCACACCGACAACCCGUCACUUAACUACGACAGGUAGGUAUACACACCAACUCUCUACUCCCACACCGACAACCCGUCACUUAACUACGACAGGUAGGUAUACACACCAACUCUCUACUCCCCGACAACCCGUCACUUAACUACAACAGGUAGGUAUACACACCAACUCUCUACUCCCACACCGACAACCCGUCACUUAACUACGACAGGUAGUUAUACACACUAACUCUCUAUUUCUACCGUAAUGUUAUCUUCUCAUUUCAGUUUGUAUACAAAGUACUGGUUGAUCAGAAAGCCCGAUGUCUCCGAUACCUUAACAUUUUACUUCGCAGCAUUUCGACUCGAAUCCUGUUCUUAUGACACAUUAAAGGUUUACCAAGGUGCCUGUGUUUACCACACAUUACUAUACACGUUCUGUGGUGAGAUUGAUUUAGACGAGAAAUACAGCGUCAGCCUCGGUAUGUAUGUGCUUCUCUACAUGCACACAGACAGCUCUGUCGUCUACCCGGGAUUCGAUCUGAGAUAUUCUAUUGGAAAUGGAAAUGAAAAUGAUGAUGAAGAGGAGACAGACAUACCUCUCCCCGCUAUCAUCAUACCAGUCAUCGUCGUCGUUAUAAUCGUCGGGUGUUUCGUAUUCAGAGUGCUCACGCGUCGUAAAACAACAGCUAAACCUACUUCAAAAGUCAGUCCUCCUAAUCUCAGUAACUUCAAGUUGACUACCUCAACUAAAGUUAGGGUACCCAAACAAAAACCUGUACGGAAGAAAGCGACGCCUCCACUGCCAGAUCCACAGCCUCCUGUACUCCCGAAACCUACGCCACUACCACCUCCACAUAGCUUCCACGACCCCGCCUACCCUCCCCCACCACAGACCAGUGGAGGUUCAGUCCCUCCCCUACACAAUACAUACAAACCUCAGAUCCAACAAAUGGCGGCUGAGGUUCCAAAUCCAUUCGUGUACACACCGCCGUACUAGAUUGUGUGCCCUGUGCCGUUUUUAAAAGUUUGUUAACAAAACGAAAAAGCAUUAUUCGAAAUUACUCAUUGUACACAUGUAUAUUACAAUAUGUAAGAGUGGGUUCAUUCUGCUGAAUGGAAAUAAUAUCAAAAUAUCAAAAAAUUCGAUUUUAUUUAAAAAGGAUUUUAUCAUUAUGAUGUAUUGCAGUUUAAAAUGCGUCUAUUUUCAUUGUAACUUAUUUCUAAGAGUUGUAUGCAUGUUUAAAAAUAUGUAAUAUGUGAGGUGGACUACCACGAGGUUAGUCAGGGUUUACUUGUUCCAAAUACACUACAUGUAACCAUGUCAGUACGAGUUUGAAUUAAUUUUGAUCAGAAAAGCAGCAGACAAACGGCGAAAUUAUUGUUGUUACAGAAUUCUAAGGUUACAUCAGAAAUAAAAAAUAUAUAACAAAGUU